ACUGAAUAUGCGGGAUUUCCCACGAACGAUUUCGUAAACAAAGCUAAGCUCGGCCUCCAUCCUCAGACGAAAUUGUGAGCUUUUCCUCGUAUUUAUAACAUUUCUUAAAAACCGUUAGUGCACAGAGCGUUAUUGGAUACUGUGAUGGACAGGGAAUAACAUAUGACACACCAAGAAUCCCCUUGCCUAGCCAUGCAGAGCAAUGGCAGAGUUUGGUGAAAUCCCAAAUUGUAGAGACGAAGAACCCUCAGACAUCAUGAAACAGCCCAUCAAGAAGCUUGAACCUGCAAUCAACAGGUUCACCAAGAUUGCAAUACCACUGGACCUGGAUAGGCUUGCCAAUCAUUGCAGAAACAUCCAGAAGUUUCAACAACUACAGCAAUGGGACAAGCUCAGAGUAGAGCAGAUUAACGCCAGAAGAACAGUACAACAACUCAAAGCCAAUGUCAGAGAGAUGGAGAAGGUGAGAUUACAGGUCAAUGAAGAUGACCUGAAGUCCUUUGAUGAUCAGGUCUCACCGGUCAAAGAAGAGGUCAUCCAGGCUGUAGUCAAGGUCAUUGAACUCUGUGGAGUUGAGACCUCACCGUUAGACCCACCGGUCAUGACCCAGUCUCUGACAGACUCACUACUGAGUACUGAUGAAGGUCUUAGAUCCAGAUUUAGACAUUCAAACUCACUUGGAGCAAGCAGCCAUAGUUCUUCCAUGGAAUCUUCAGAUGCCGUCCCAGAAAACUUAUCUCAAGAAUCUAGUGAAGCACAUCAUCUGCUACAACAACAGGAACAACAACAAACUCAAGAGGAUAUGAUGCCAUCACAGCAAGUUCAAGAUUCAUGGGAUAUGCUGAAGAAUGAGCUUGUGGAACUGAACAGUCUCACACAUGAGUUUGCUGCUCAAGUACAGGCACAGCAAGAGCAAGUUGACAGUAUUCAAAACAACAUCCAAGUUGCUCAUACAAACAUCAAAACUGGUGUGAAACAUCUCUUGAAGGCAUCUACCUAUAAAGCUGCUAUGCUACCAAUAGGUGGCGCUCUCCUGGGAGGAAUAGUGGGCGGCCCUGUUGGGAUUGUAGCUGGAAUGAAGGUUGGGGCUGCUGCUGCUCUUGGGGGUGGGGCUAUAGGAUUCCUGAGUGGACGUGCCAUCAAAAAACGGCAAGAGAAAAAGAUCCAGAUGGAGAUGUCAGUUCUCACUAAUGGAACUUUAGAGGGCAGUGUUGUAGAAUCAAGGAAGGAUAAAUGAACGAGACAGAAACUCCUACGCUUGAUGACCACAAGGAAAGUUGAGAUACUGUAUCAGUUGGAGGCAUCUGCAACUUGUAAAUGACUGUGAGUGUGCUGGCCCUAUUAAUGCUUAAAUUAUCGUCAUCAUCAUGGUGAAUGGGGCAGCUCAACAUCAAAGACGUCACAUGAGAGACUGCGUUAUAUGAUUUUAUUAGUACGAUGGUCAGUAAUAAGGUCAUUUGACAUUCAAAGAAUUUAUUCCUCGAAAUUAGAGCGCAGAACAUUAGCUUGGCUAAAGCCAGGGUAAGUAUGCUGCAUUUAUUGUAGAGUGCCCAGAGGUAUUGGGCAAUAUACAAGCAAGUAUAAUUAUGAAUUAAGAUUUAUUGAAAUAAGUUGGCUGCAGCUGAUAUUCAGAAAUCAAUCAUAAUUCAUAACUGAUGGAGAGAUUCCAUCAAAGCAACAUCGUUCGGAGUAAAAAGUGAAAUCUCAGUGUAGAGGGAAUAUUUAAUGUAAAAGUCCUGUCAUAAUGAGGUACCGGAACUUUUAUUUUAUUUCUUUUAUUGAUUUACCUGAUUUUGUUGGAUUCUUGUACUAAGAGGACAAAUUUGAAGGCCACAAUGAUCUGUUGAUACAUCUAAUGAUCAGCCUCAUCAAACGAAAAGUUCUUUUAAAAGAUGUUAGCAGUUUUCGUUCUGUAUCAAAUUUGUUAUAGUCCUAAAAAAUCUUGCAGUGCUGAUUUUAUUCUCCCCACGCCCCUUCAUUUGCUCCAGCUUUGUAAAUAAUAAAGGAAAAUGAUAUGAUAUAUCUCACUAAGGGCAUAAUGACAAAGAAGUGGAUAUAAAAUGCACAGCUUCAAAUUUUACCACCAAAUUACUGUGUUAGACCAAAGAACAUCCCUUCAAUGUUAUUAUAGAACCAGUCAGAACAUGCAAAUACAAAUGUUACAAUAUCUCCUUGGUUUAUGCUUCAGAUGCUAUCAGUGAAGUUGCAAAAUUAAGAGCUGUGUAUUUUAUCUUCUCUUUUUGUUCCCUGUGUUUAUAAUGACUAUUACAUCCAGAAAUAGAGCAUGAUGUCAUAUUAUUUGAUGCACAAAAAAUUUGGAAUUGAUACCAAUGAAAAGGCUCUUUGAUAAAGACCACAUGAUAUUAUUUACAAUCCUUCCUUGGGUACAUCUUAACCAAGAACUUUUUUAUACCUGUGCAAUUUUUGCAACAUGCUUGGUUUGUUCCUUGUUGAAUAUGAUUUUUCUGUGUUUUAUAGUGUUUAAGUUUUCUUUGAGUAACUGAUUUUCCUUUUCUGUUGAAAAUAUCCAUUGAGCAUAUACAUGUAUUGCAAGAGGUAUUGUCCUUUAAUUGGUGCUCGUGUUGCAACCCUCGUAGCCAGAGUAUGUCGAUUUACAAUUACUCUUAAAAGUAAAGCAUUGUUUUAUAUUACUUUAGAUGUCAAUGUGUGUGUAUCAGUUAGUUAUACAUGAACUUCAUAUUAUACAAAAAGCAGUGCAUUGAACUGACUAUAUAUGAUUUUGUCAAGCAUUUAAUUGGACCCUUUUUUCAGCUUUAUUCCUAAAAUCCUUACCUAAUACCCCAUAGAUUCCUGAAGAUUUUGUUAUUUGUGAUAGAUGUACACACAAAUUAUAGUAGAAAAUUGGUGCAAGGUUUAACUUAAUCAAUUUUGGUUGUUCAUGUAUAUUUAUUUAUUUAGUCAUCAUAAGAUUGAAGUUUAAGAACAUCAUAGCAGUAGUCCAAUAUACAUAAAAAUCAAUCUUAAGAGAGUAACGAAAAUCAAUUUUGGAGACAGAUUAUUUCAUUCAUACUUCAUAUUUUGCCAUUAUGCUGUACUAUGUGGCAUUCCUGAACACUUUCCUGCACUCAGUAAACAGAAAGCAAUUGGAAGUAGGAAGGAUUUGUACAAUUGAUUGUAUUGAUAAUUAUAUGCAAUCACAUAACACAGCUUUUUAUUACAGGGCCAUGAAACCAACAUGAUUUAUAUUUUAUUAAUAUCCCAUGAAGAAUUUACUUUUAUCCUUUUGGGUAAACACCACUCUCUUUGGCACCAAACCAAACCUUACAUAUUCCAUAAUAGAAAACUUUUUUUUUUAUAAUGUUAUUUUUGCAAAUGUUUUACUAUUUUAUUCUUUCUGAAAUAUUUAUGAUGAGUAUUCUGUGAACAUGUGGUCACUAUAAUGUCACUGUCAAUGACAGGGAUGUGAUUGAAUGAGAAACCUUUAGCACCAAAGGCAAUUUGUAAAAAAUAAACUCUUUGCAGAUUAAUUUGAAAUUCGAUUUAUAAUAUAUGUGAUUUUAUUGCUAUUUCCAUGCAUUAACAUUUUGCUUAACUUUCGAUAGGUAUACAUAUUUGUGAAAUGAUUAAUGUGUAGCUAAAAUUAAGCACAUUUACUUUGAAUGUUUGUUCUUGACUGUUGAUUCAGCUGUCAGAAUCAUAGAAGAUUUUGAAUUUCCCAUUGCUGCACUUGACAAUAAAAACCAAACUUGUGAAUAUGCUAAAGAAAUUCAAAUCUUUCUAGAUAUCUGUAAACUGACUCAAGAGCUGAUUUAGUAUGUGUAUUAAGUCAUCAGAAUAUAUAGAUCAUACUGCAUGCAGUAGAGGCACCGAAUACAACCAUUUAAGAUUUUUUGUUCUCUAUUUAGUCUCAUGUAUUCAUAUUUUGAUGACCCUAUAAACCUUUGUCAAACCAUGCUUUCCACUGCUAAGAAGCCUCCCCCCCCCCCCCCUUCCCGGGCAUAUCCUAGGAUGGUGUAGAUGUACAUGAGUUCUCAUAGAGAUUAGCAAUAUAAGAUGGAUAACAGAGUUGCCAAUUUAUCUGGCUAAUUUAGGGCAUCAAGGUAAUCAAGUGAGCCUUGGUAAAAUUAAGCAGGGGCCGCGGAAGCGGGGGGGGGGGGUGGGAUGUUCCAAAACCGUGUACAAAAACGUAAAAAUGACCAUAUGAUUGUGAUUUUUUGCAUGGUCAGCCCCCCCACUAUCAAAACCGUUCCGCGGCCCCUGUUAAGAGCCCACAUCAUUGUAUCAUUAAGUAUUUUUUUAAGAGGGUUGGGAAACUACCUGUUGACCUAAAACAAAUUUUUUGUUAUUAUUUACCAGAUUAUUUUUCUUCAAUUUAAGUAUAAUGUGUUGUCAAGACUGUACCCUAGAACUACAAAGAUCUUUAUAUGCAGCAUUCCUCAUUCCUUACUCAAACAUUGGACACUUGCCAUUAGUAUGAAGGCUUGUUCAAGAUAUGAUGUGACAAAGCUGAGACAAAUUUGGUCAAUAGGAUACUAGAUGUUAACAAAAAUGUUUAAGAAACUUCAUCCCUGAGCUUUAUAAAAGGGGGCCAAUCAAAGCCUUUAGAAACUUAGCAAAGAGAAAACCAACAUUUUGUCCACAAUUGUGCAGACAAACUCAUAAAAUGAGAGCCUGUCCUCCGUUUCUUGAGCGGAUGACAUUUUACCUUCCAUUAUUAGCAUAAAAGGGGUGAUUUGUCACUCUAUGUUACAAUGCUGAAAAAAAAAUUCUCACUGAGCUUUGUUGCACCAUUUUGUAACAAGGCUGAAAUCUUGCUAUGAUAAUGUUUAUUGAAUUUUACAAUAAUUAGCAAUUUGUAUUUAUUGUUGUACAUGUAUGUAUAUACAUUUACACAGGUAUACCACUGUGGUUUUGUUGCCAAAGUGCCUGUGUGAAUAUGGUCACACAGAAUAAAUUACCGUUUCAUGUA